CUGACGUCACAGGAGGACGUAGUUCGAGCUGGUGAGAGUGACGGAAGCGUCGCAGACUCAUGAAGCGGUCAUGGCGGCGGCUGGCCGCAGAGUUUCCCUCGGAUGAUAUUCUAUUAAUUACGGCAUCGCCUGUUAUCAAAGCGGUUGUGAACUUCAGGCAGUUACAGAAAAUAAUCACUGAAGCUGGCAAGGAGUACAUCUAUGAAAAGCUUUGUCUGUGUGCUGGAGCAAAGCCAAAACUGAUAACAGAAGGAAACCCAUUUGUGCUGGGAAUUCGAGAUACAGACAGCGCUGCGGAAUUUCAGAAAUGUUUGGCAAAAGCUAAAAGAAUAACCAUUAUCGGAAAUGGCGGCAUUGCACUGGAAUUGGUGUAUGAAGUCGCAGGCUGUGAAGUAAUUUGGGCCAUCAAAGACAGAGCAAUUGGGAAUACUUUUUUCGAUGCAGGAGCGGCUGAAUUCCUGAUUCCCAAGCUGAGUGCUAAGAAACCAGAGCCCCCUAUUGUUUGUAAAAGAAUGAAAUAUACAACAGCAGAAAGUGAGACGGAAGAAAGAGAAACAGCAGGGGCUGGGAAAAUAGGCAGUGCGUUAGGCCCCGACUGGCACGAAGGCUUGCAUCUUAAAGGAGCAAAAGAGAUGCUCUCCCAUAAAGUUCACAUUGAAACCUUAUGCGAAGUAAAGAAGAUAUACCUCCGGGAAGAAUUCCAACAGUCACAGAAGGUAUCUUUGGCUUUCCCCAGAGCUGAAGAGGACAAGAAUUCAGAAACAGAUAUAGAGCUUUGGCCUGUGUAUGUGGAAUUAACCAACGGGAAGAUAUACGGCUGUGACUUCAUUGUUAGUGCAACUGGAGUUGUCCCAAAUGUCCACCCGUUCCUUGAUGGUAAUAAUUUUGCUCUAGGUGAAGAUGGAGGUGUAAAAGUGGACAUAUCCAUGCAUUCUUCACUACCUGAUAUCUACGCAGCAGGAGACAUCUGCAGUGCAUCAUGGGAGCCCAGUCCGUUUUGGCAACAGAUGAGACUCUGGACCCAGGCUAGGCAGAUGGGAUGGUAUGCUGCAAAAUGUAUGGCUGCUGAGAUUUUAGGCGAACCUAUAGACAUGGACUUCUGCUUUGAACUUUUUGCUCAUGUAACAAAAUUCUUCAAUUACAAGGUGGUGCUGCUAGGAAAGUACAACGCCCAGGGACUGGGUUCAGACCAUGAACUAAUGCUGAGGGUUACCAAAGGACAAGAGUACAUCAAAGUGGUGAUGCAGAAUGGCCGCAUGCUGGGAGCCGUGUUGAUUGGCGAGACGGACUUGGAAGAAACCUUUGAAAACUUGAUUCUGAAUCAAAUGGAUCUUUCACGCUAUGGGGAAAAUCUCCUGGAUCCAAACAUUGACAUUGAGGAUUAUUUUGACUGAAUGUCUGAAAAGAUCAGACUUCAUAUUUGAUUAAAAUAAGCUUUUUUAAAAAUAAAAAUAAAGGGGCUAUAUUUGAUUCAGUGUGGACUCCAAACUGCGCAAUAAAUAAAUCCAUCGUAUUUAAAA